AUGCCUUACUAUCCUCAACAAGAUUCUUUCGCAUACGAGAUGUCUACCCUCGACCAAACAUGGCAAUUGCUCCCUGGCGAAGAGCUUUUCAUUGGUGAAAUCCAGAGCAACACUAUCACCAACCCUGUUUUUGAUACUGAGCUCAUGACGAGCUGGCAGAUACUUGACUUCAAUCAACACCAUUCAAACGGCGAGCCUCCCAUUGAAAACGCCCGAGUCACCAUUUGA